AUGUUCUGCUUAUGGUACUUCCUAUGCAUUCUACCUGCUUUCGCCGGGCCCACGAAUAAGGGUCACACCAAGAAGACAGCGGAUGCGCUCAUCAUGUCUCAUGCAGAUGCGCAGUGCGCUUAUCGGCUGAUGGAGGCCAUGUGUCCUUACCCCGACGAGACAAUCUCUCGCUCUGCACCACAUGCGUGGGAGCUUUGUGCUGCAUUAGGACGCGCCACCUCUCUCAGCUCUGCGUGUGUUUUCACGCAUAUGCUCAUUUUGAUUUCACUGACAUUGAAUGCCUUGCAGACUCGAUACGGUGGCAUCCUUGGGAAAUUCCCCAACUUGCUGAUGUUGCAACACGGAGCACCAGGUGAAGGCAAGAGCAUUGCCCUUUGGCUUGUUUUCCAAAUUCUCUACUAUUUCGACGACACUCGGACGAAGCUGAAGCUCAAGGAGUGGAACACAAGUAAAGAGCAACAUCGUCUCGCAGUGCGCGCUGGAGAACAGGAGGAGAAGGAUGCUCCUGCUAAACCCGAACAUGCUGACUCCGUCCACAACAAAGGCACCUUUCUAGGCAUGGGAGCCACCUUGGAGAAGCAGGACGGUCGCGGAUACUUGGGUUUGCAUGAAGGUAGGAGCUGGCUCAGCGAUGCUGCUGACAACAAGCCUGGAGGAGGCUUUGAGGACCUCAACCAGAUCAUGGACCACGAUCUCUACAAGAACAACCCCGCAUCGGGAACAAAGUUCUACGUCAAGAACCCUCACUUGGUUGGGAGCAUCCUGCUGCACCUGCCGGAGCUAGUCAAACAGUCGACCUUACCAGAUUCAGUUGCUGGUUUGUCGCGUUUCCUUGUCGCUCACUUCAAAGCCGUGACACACAAGAUCCUGCCGAACAAGUCUGCAGAUGAACUCCGCCAGAUGCUCACCGAAGACCCGGAUUACUUCAAUGAUCUUGCGUACGACGACGUGGUGAAGGCCAUUUAA